CAAAGCUAAAAAGAAAAGUUGUAGCGCAACCGCCUCCUUCCCCUCGCUCGCCGUCGGCCGCUCUCCUCCCCGGCGCUUCGAUUUUGCGGCCUGAUGUCCGUGCUCUCUGUGCGGACCAACUGGCCUCGCCCAAGGAGCGGGAGGAUGUGCGGCGGCAGCCGGGAGGGGCAUCAGGGGUGGCGGCGGGCGGAUGUGCGGCACCAGGAAUUCGGGACGGAUUCGGGCUGCGGCGCGGCUCGGGACUGCAACUGGAGCAGUGUGCGAAUGCGCCCCAGAGUCGGAGACUGAGAGAAGCUACGAGUGGAGGGAGAAGGGCAUGUUCGUCGUUUCAAUGGUGCUCAAGGAGUCCAGGUGAAGGAAAGGAAGGUUGCUCCUCGACAUGUAUAUAUGGACACUCGCAUGCUUCUUGACAAUGCAACAAGAGCAGGCCUUUCUUCGCUAGUUAUGAAGAGGCACCUCUUCUGAGUAUUGUUCUGCAGGACAGUGUUGUGUGACUAACAAUGCCGCGAGCCGUUUCCGACGGAGGUGAGAAGCACAAAUAGCUGAUCAUACUAUCACUGACAGGACAGUGUUGUGUGACUAACAAUGCCGCGAGCCGUUUCCGACGGAGGUGAGAACCUCAACGGCGCUGACAUCGGUGGCAGCCGGGCGUCAUCACACUGUGUGGACAGCACUGGCUACAGGGUCAGCUUCCCGCCGAAGAAGAGCCUCCUCCAGGAGUUCUCUGGCUCAGUGAAGGCCUUGUUCUUCGCCGGAGAUGAUCCGCUGCGGCAAUACAAGGAGCAACCAAGCUGGUCCAAGAGGGUCUGGCUCAGCCUGCAGAAUGUGUUCCCGGUGCUCGAGUGGGGCAGGCACUACACCUUCGGAAAGUUCAGGGGGGAUUUCGUAGCUGGCCUCACCAUAGCCAGCCUCUGCAUACCUCAGGAUAUCGGCUACUCGAAGCUUGCUCAUCUACCGCCAGAGAUUGGGUUGUACGGUAGCUUCGUUCCGCCAUUGAUAUACCCUUUGUUGGGCACCUCCAGAGAUUUGGCCAUGGGUCCUAUGGCUGUCGUGUCGCUGAUGCUCGGCAGUCUACUGCAGAAGGAGAUCGAUCCCAAGAUGCACCCACUAGAGUAUAAACGUCUAGCGUUCACUGCAACAUUCUUCGCAGGGAUUACUCAGGCUGCGCUCGGGUUCUUCAGGUUAGGGUUCAUCAUAGAGUACUUGUCUCAUGCUGCCAUCAUCGGAUUCAUGGGAGGUGCUGCCAUCAUCAUCGCUCUUCAGCAGCUGAAAGGGUUCCUUGGCAUAAAAAAUUUCACUAACAACACCGACAUAGUCUCGGUCAUGAAAUCAAUAUUCAAGAGUGCUCACCAUGGGUGGAACUGGCAGACCAUAUUGAUCGCUGCAUCAUUCCUUGGAUUUCUUAUGGUCACCAAAUAUAUUGGAAAGAAAAAGAAGAAGCUCUUCUGGAUGUCCGCAACUGCACCGCUCAUUUCAGUGAUUGUAUCAACCUUCUUUGUGUACAUCACUCGUGCAGACAAGCAUGGGGUCGCAGUUGUUAAAAACAUAGAGAAAGGCAUCAAUCCACCUUCGGCUAGCCUCAUAUACUUCAGCGGCCCGUUCAUGCUGAAAGGAUUCAAAAUUGGAGUAGUAGUUGGAUUGAUAGCCCUAACGGAGGCGAUUGCAGUUGGAAGAACAUUUGCUGGCAUGAAGGACUACAAACUAGAUGGGAACAAGGAAAUGAUGGCUCUGGGAACCAUGAACGUGGUAGGUUCGUUGACUUCGUGCUACAUAGCCACAGGUGGUUUCGCACGAUCAGCGGUCAACUGCAUGGCUGGUUGCAAAACUGCAGCAUCCAAUAUUGUUAUGUCAAUGGUAGUACUGCUUACGCUGUUGUUUCUCACUCCGUUGUUCAAGUACACUCCCAAUGCCAUCCUCUCUUCCAUCAUCAUAUCGGCAGUGCUUGGCCUAAUUGACUACAAGGCAGCAUACCAUAUCUGGAAGGUUGAUAAGUUGGACUUUUUGGCAUGUUUGGGAGCCUUUUUAGGAGUUGUUUUUUCAUCGGUGGAUUAUGGUCUUCUAAUUGCGAUUGCAAUCUCAAUUGCCAAGAUACUACUCCAAGCGACACGACCAAGAACUGCCUUGCUUGGUAACCUUCCAAGAACUACCGUAUAUAGGAACAUUGAACAAUACCCAGAUGUUACCACAGUGCCAGGGGUGGUAAUUGUUCAGGUGGAUUCAGCUAUCUACUUCACCAACUCCAACUAUGUUAAAGAAAGAAUCUUGAGGUUGCUGGAAGAGGAGGAAGAACGACAACGUCAACAAAACUGUCCCCAAAUUGAGUUUCUGAUUGUUGAGCUAUCUCCGGUGGUUGACAUCGACACUAGCGGAAUCCACGCCUUGGAGGAGCUGUGCAGAGCGCUCGUAAAGUGCAAAAUUCAGCUGGUCCUUGCCAACCCUGGGCCAGCAGUAAUUCAGAAGCUGCGCUCAGCCAAAUUCAUAGAACUCAUCGGCGAAGACAAGAUGUGCCUGACGGUUGGAGAUGCAGUGAAGAGAUUCGCUCCAAAGGCGGUGGAUGGCGUCUGAAGAAGAUGCCCAAGUCAUCUAUAUGUGGAGCACAGACAGGUUGGAUUUCCGCGUCUAUCAGUGGCUCGGUGUGUGUUGCGUUGCAAGCACUUUGGUUUGACGGAGGAGGGAUGCUUGGUGAUUUGACGUAUCACCAUUCACCUGUUCAUCACCCACCAUAACAGAAAAGGAGUGCUUUGGUAGUUUUGUGAUAAGUAAAUAAUUAAAAAAACACCUAUCAUCAUUAGUUUUGUAAAAAAUAUGCCAAUUGAUGUACAGUACAGUGUCAUCUUCGUCUCUCUGUUCAA